AUGAAUCUCAGUGUCAGCGCUAUUGGAUCCGGCCAUAUUGACGAUGUUCCAUUGGCUGGAUCUGUCACUAUACAAACAAACCGUUUUCAUCUGGAUGUGCAUGUGGAGGUCAAACGUAACACCAGAGGAAAUCCUAGCUUGAGGGUCGCGCUAUGUCGAGCAGCAGCGAAUUUUCCGGUCAUGGUGACAUUGCAAAAUUCGUUGACACCCGAAAGUGGUGCAAAGUUGGCUGAUGCUGUAUCUCGCGAUGGAUAUAAACUUUUUGAGAAUCUUCUCUGCCCUCGUAUAAUUUACUUAGUCGAAAAAAGGAUUAAUCAACGUUUUGGGCUGUUGUCAUCGAAGAUUGCACUGGGAGAUUUGAACAAUUUUGAUAUGGUCAAAAGUCUACUAGCUGCACAAGAGGAGUUUCGUCGCACUACUCGAAGAAAGUAA